AACCUUUAAUGAUAUUGCACGUGACUGUUCUAAAAAUAGAAAUAUGGACCAUUAGUUACGUUGUGUAAAUGUUAAUUUUUUUAAAGGGGCGUUAACCUUUAAUGAUAUUGCACGUGACUGUUCUAAAAAUAGAAAUAUGGACCAUUAGUUACGUUGUGUAAAUGUUAAUUUUUUUAAAGGGGCGUUAACCUUUAAUGAUAUUGCACGUGACUGUUCUAAAAAUAGAAAUAUGGACCAUUAGUUACGUUGUGUAAAUGUUAAUUUUUUUUUAAAGGGGCGUUAACCUUUAAUGAUAUUGCACGUGACUGUUCUAAAAAUAGAAAUAUGGACCACUAGUUACGUUGUGUAAAUGUUAAUUCUUUUCUUUUAAAGUGGCUUUAUGGAAGACAACGGCUGGCUGCAAAAUUCAACCUACGACGGGGACUGCGUGAGUUUGGUCUACACCUGUAACCCAAAUAUUCUAGGAGAGAUCGGUUGCACUGCCACCUACCUCAAUAGAUUCACCGCCUGCACAGAAAGCCUCAACUUUGUUUGCAUCUUUCGUGGAAUUCAAGGUGACUUCCCGGUCUACCCUACAGCCAGAGAGGGUGUGGUUGUUCUAAGUAACGACUACAUCCUGACGGAGUUUUACAUUUCUAACAAAGUGUCCAAUGUAAACGGAAGUGACGACACCUGCCUUGCUAAGCUGUCAGGCGGGAAAACCUUCAGUCUGUCAACAAGCGGUCAGAUAGCCCUGCUCAACAAGUAUGUGGGGACUACAGCGUUCUCUGACUACACUGAACAACAGGUCUCCUUCAGCGGUGAUCUGGAGUCCUUGCUGUUCUGGGUGGACGGUCUCAAAGACAAGUGUGUGGCCGCCCGAUUUGUGGACAAACAAGGGGCAUACACAGUGACCUUCACCUCCUGGCCAUGUGACCAAGACUUACUUGUCCUGUGCCAAGUCGCAAAAAUUCUACCAGAAACGCCAGUCCCAAGAUUAAAGUUUGACAGUCCUCGGUCUAACAUUAUUAAAGUGGACAAUGAAAUCCAAAUGCCGUCAAGCUAUUACCUCAACAUCAACCCAGUCAGACAAACAACACCCGCAGUGAGGUUGUACUGUGUUACUGCUCCACUGCAGCCUCCUUUCCAGACUGUUGUUAUAUAUGCCAAUCAAAUACCUGUUCAAACCUCAUCUGGUGUUAAUCAGACUCUACAUGAGAUUCAGCUGUAUCGCAAUAAUGGAGAUGUAUAUCCCACUGACCAAGGAAAUAUUUACUACCGCUGUGAGAUCAAUGAUGCUAAUGAUAACAGGGUGUUAAAGUCAAAUAGUGUUUUUAUUCGUCUGAUUGAUCAGGAGAUAUACGCUGUCCACAUACCACUAAACAAGACGUAUGAUUACACAACUCGCGUGGCAUGGAUGCUGCACAAAGCCACUUUAAUUGACAACUGGUUUACAAGUGACGCUUACUAUGGGUUCAAUGAAAAUAUAAGGCUAAACCUGAAUGAAAUAACUACAAGUUUACAAAGAAUAACAACUGCAACAGGCUUUACACCAGUACCUAAACUGUUUAUAGCUGAUAAUGAAAAUCCUACUUUCAUUUUCUAUGUAAAAAGGACAAUACCAAAUAACUUUACAAUAAAUAACUUAUCAAAAGCAAACUAUGAUAAGACUGUGAAUGCAUUAGAGUCUUCUAUUAAAAUGCUCAAGGGAAAUCUAAGUUACUUUGAUGUGGGCUCAGUUCAAGUGUUCAGCAUUGACUGGUGCUGGAACACCUCAAUUCAAGCUGAUGCCGUUGGUUUAAAUGUCACACUGCCUCGGUCCAGGAUUGGCACUGUCUGGUCAAGUGCCCAGCUCUGUGCCCAAGAUGGACAGCCUAUCCUAACAGUGAGGUGUAAUGGAAAUAAAAAAGUUGGAUUGUCUUGGAGUAAAAUCAGAGUUAACCCCCUUUGUGACUACUCAAGGGUUUUACAAAACAAGACUAAUAUUACCCACAUUUUGGAAACUGUCUCACAGCAAAACAUUACAUCUAUCAAUGUUACAACUAUCAUUGAUGCUGUGAAAAACUUGACGAGUGUACUUAAAAAUGGCACAACAACUUCCAUUGACAUCGUGUAUCUAGCUGACAUCUUACAGAAGAGCACACAGGUAGCUAAUCUAUCAUCAGACACAGUGCAAGGCAUUAUGGACAUGGUAUCCAAUUUGAAACGUUUUUCCAGAAAUCUACUGCAAGAAUCAAACCAGAUAGGCAAUGCCACAAAUAGAUUACUCAAAAGCAUGGACCACCUUGGAAAACAAAUUGCCUCACAAACUGAAGGUGGUCUUCAUCAUCAGAGAUUGAUAUCUGGGGGAUUAGGUUUAGAUGUUUGGGACUUUGCAAAUGCUAAAAAUUUGACAACCAUUAUUGGUUUAAAGGUCCUGUCUGGAGGUGAAACAGCUGUUUUAUCAGCAGGUGAGCUCAUCUCUUUGUUCACUAAAGAGAACCUACACUACAACGCAGCGGAAGUGGCUAUAAUAUUGCCAAGAGAGUUCAUUGAGCAAUUUCAAGCCAAUGGCUCAUCACUAAGACUGUCAAUGAAUGUGUAUAAAGACACAACGCUUUUUACAAGCAUCCAAGACAACAACAACAGAACACUUAACAGUAAAGUUAUAGCAGCACAGAUUCUGUUGGACAGCCAACAAAUUUCUGACCUGAGCCCAUACAAUGUGACCACUGUAUUUUUACCCUCUCAACAACUGCCACCAAAAGCUAGGACCAAUCUGACCACCUGUGUGUACUGGUCAUUCACUGAGAACUCUGGUGCAGGGGGUUGGAGCAGUGACGGAUGUAUGUACCAGCAGACAAUAGAGGGCAGGGACAUAUGUGUGUGUGACCACCUCACCAACUUUGCUGUUCUCUUGAGCUUCAAUGAUCAAGAGAGCAUGGACCAAGAGAAUCAGCUGGCACUAAGUAUCAUCUCCAUUAUUGGGCUCAGUCUGUCCAUCAUUGGGCUUUCGUUAUCCAUUCUUUCAUUCCUGCUUAUAAAGUAA